UAUUCGGGACAUUCUUAUGUUAACUUAAGAGAAACAUAGGUUGUAUGUAUGGUUUCCCAUUUCAAGUUUUGUAAAUUUAUAUAAUUAUGGAAUAAUUAUAGCAAUAUAACAAGAGAUUAUAUUUAACAUUAGCCUAUAUCAUAUCCCGGUUUUCUAUUUUGCUUGCAGUUUUCUGCUUUUUAAUAGCUAGUUAGAACAUAUUGCUCACCGAGCAUUUUGACGUUAGUUGCGCAUUUUAAAAGUUUAGAGGUGUUGCGUGUUAGCCUUCACUGCAUGCUCAUUUUUAAUAAUACAUAGGCUUAUGUGUUUAAGUUGCAGUUUCUGUAGACUAAACUAACAGUGCGCGCAGGUACCCAAGAGUACCCAAAAACGGUGUAAUUAUGGGCGACAACCCUGACUUUGAUGACAAAGAAAUUAAAGAAGAGAAAAAUUGUCUGGAUCUGGGGAAAACGAACCCUUCCAAAUCCGUGGACUUGGAGGAACAAAUUGAAUGUACGAGCAUCUCGAAUGAGGACCAGGACAAUAGGCCUACAACUACCACGCGUUUAUACAAAAGGAGAUGGGUGAUGGUGUGCCUUUUCAGCUGUUACUCCCUGUGCAACGCAUUUCAAUGGAUCCAAUACGGAAUAAUCAACAAUAUUUUUAUGAAAUUCUACAAUGUGGACUCUUUUACCAUUGACUGGAUGUCAAUGGUCUAUAUGUUGACCUAUAUUCCCUUUAUAUGGCCUGUCUCCUGGCUUUUGGACAAAAAGGGACUGCGGCUCAUAGCACUGAUGGCCACCGCCAUUAAUUGCCUUGGGACAUGGAUCAAGGUGGCCAGCGUCAGGCCAAACCUAUUUUGGGUGACGAUGCUCGGACAGUUUGCAGGCUCCCUAUCCCAGGUCUUCAUCCUUGGGAUGCCCUCCCGCCUGGCAUCGGUUUGGUUUGGCUCCGAAGAGGUGUCCACCGCCUGUUCCAUCGGCGUUUUUGGGAAUCAGUUGGGCAUUGCCAUUGGCUUCCUGGUGCCGCCCAUCCUCGUGCCAAAUGUUGACAAUAUAGACGAGCUGGCAUACCACAUCAGCAUCAUGUUCUACAUCACUGCUGGAGUGGCCACCGUGAUCUUCAUCCUCGUGGUCUUCAUGUUCCAAGAGAAGCCGGAAAUCCCUCCCACCCUGGCUCAGGUCCAGGCCAGGAGCAUCCCUCCAGAGCAGUACUCCUACAUGGCCUCUAUCCUGAGACUGCUGCGUAACCUACCCUUCAUGCUCCUCGUCAUCAGCUAUGGGCUGAAUGUCGGUUGUUUCUAUGCUGUUUCCACACUGUUGAACCGGAUGAUUAUUGAGCAUUAUCCAGGUGAAGAGGUGAAUGCUGGGAGAAUUGGCCUCACCAUUGUCAUUGCGGGGAUGGUGGGGUCCCUCAUAUGUGGGAUCUGGUUGGACAAGACCAAAACCUACAAACAGACUACCCUGACUGUAUAUCUUCUGUCCUUCGUGGGAAUGGUGGUCUAUGCCUUCACCCUCAACUUAGGCCACCUAUGGGUAGUGUUUGUAAUGUCGGGGGCUCUAGGGUUCUUCAUGACUGGGUACCUGCCGCUUGGCUUUGAGUUUGCUGUGGAGCUGACCUUCCCAGAGUGUGAGGGCACCUCCUCAGGCCUGCUCAACUGUUCAGCUCAGAUAUUUGGGAUCAUAUUCACCAUUGGUCAAGGGAAGAUCAUAGAGCACUUUGGCACAUUCGCUGGGAACAUUUUUCUCUGUGUCUUCCUCUUCAUAGGCACUAUUAUGACAGCAUUCAUCAAGUCUGACCUCCGACGGCAAAAGGCCAACCAUCUGGCUGAGACACAGGCGGCGAGUAAACAGGCAGGCAUCUCACCGCCAGCUACACUGAAGGAGGUCAAGGUAUAAGGAGUAGUUCCAGUUGCACAGGUGUGAGAAGAAAGACAGCCCAGCACACACUGUCACAGACAUGUUUGAAAACUACCAAAGGAUGUACACACACAAACAUUUACAAACAGGAACAGAUACAGUACAUACACUGAAAAGCAUGCUGCUUUCCCUUUACAAAUGUGAAGGUGAGCACAUGCACAAGUGAAUAAUUUGGGUGAACAUGUAAUUAUGUACACAAUUGAAACUAUGACAUGGAGGAGGCCUCUCUGAGGAAGUCAGAGCCCAGGAAUGUGCAGCUGAACGUACUAGAGGCCGGGGUAUGGACACCCUGCUCUGGCUUUAGUUCCAGUGACCGCUAUUUCUACUGCCUAACACAACAGGCUCCCCAGAUCAACUCAAACCAUGCAGAGAGGAACUCACUUGGAAUUCACAGGUUCUCCCUCUCUAGCAAAUUACUCUACAGAAGAUAACUAGUUUGAUUAUCAAGCACAGCCAGAGGUAUUUCAAGUUUAAUGACCUGAUGAUUAAUAUUUAAGUGUCACUUUUUGAGAGUACACUGUGAAUGGUUCAUCUUUUCAUUUUGUUUCUUUAGCUUUAAAUGUCUCCAAUCUAAAUAAUGUAAAUGUUGAUGUCUGUGCAUUCCGAUAUGAGCAGUAUUUAAACUGUGCUUUUUGUUUGCUGACAUUUGACCAAUACCUUACCGUAACCAAACUAAGUCUUUACAUUGCUAAAUCUAUUAAUGUAACUGUUCUAUUUUUGGAAUGUGUUAGUUAAAAGUAGACAACAGAUUCAGUGGUUUUAGUUGAAUGGCAGUCUGUUCAGAGGUCCAAUCCAAUCAAGCCAACUCACCUAGUGGCUUAACAGGAUUUUGAGAUCUGCCAUAUAGGAUUACACAGAGAUAUUUGUGAGUACUGCUGAUAAUGGUGAAUAUUGUUGAUACUGUGCCUCUGAGUAGGUCUCAGAAGGAAUCAACCUGCUUUAACCACAUUCUUAGAAUAGAAGUCAGAAACUUUGGGACUAUUGUAUUUAAUGCUCUGCAUUGACUUGUUUAAGAGCCUUAAACGCUAUGAUAACAGAAUGUGAGCACAAAAUCAUUAGCGUGGAGAGAUAGACAAUCCAAUUGACUUGUAAUUUUGCACAAGGUAGGCUAGUGUUGUAUUUUGUAUGUAUGAUUCUUCUGGCCUGUAUAUUUGUUACUGAGAAACCCCUUUCAUGCCAUACUUUAUGUUAACAGUGAAUAUUUUAGAAGAAAAUCCAGUGCAGUGUUUUAUCUGCUUAUUUGACUUGAUGUGUUGUGGUUAGAAGUUGUCCAGUGAAGUUGUCCAAAGUGUUGUUUAUCACUCCAAUGACACAGUAUAUUUUUUGAAGGAUCACUUUAUAUACAAUACAUCAAAUGGUGAUGUAGUUUUAAGUGCUUCUCAUACUCAGUAAUGAACAACAUAAUUAUAGUUUUGUAAAACUGUUUGUAGAUGUUGUUUGGACAAAUUGUCUCAGAUAGUGUGAACAAUUGUACAUGGUGGUAAUCUGGUGAACUAAAAGUAAAAAACAUUGGGGAAAAAAUGCUCUCUGUUAUUUUAUCAAUGGAUGUGUUAUAUCACACACACACAAUCCAGUAACA